CCCCCUCUCUCUCAUCCACAUUUUCUUCAUUGGUGGUGCUAGCAUGAUGGUGGUCGGAUGUGGUGGGAUAUUUGGGUCGACCUUUCGUUCUGUUAGACCACCAAAGCGGUCGACCGUAUUAUGUAAGAGGUCGACCGCGUCUCGGAACCCCACAUACAUGAAUUAGUCCAUUCGGUCGACCGCAUGUUGGAUUAGGUCAACCGAAAAGUCCAUGUCACGGUGACAUGCAUGUCACCGUAGCAAAAUCCAAAAUUUUAAUAUAUGCCACUUAAAAUUGUGUCGAAUUUAAAAAGUAAUGAUUUAUCUCUUCUGAAAUCAUGAUAAAAGAACCAUGUGUUUUAUAAUACAUCAUACAUUUACCUAUUUCAUAAUUCACAAAUCCGAAUAAUAUCCAUUAGUAAAAUAAGGUAGUCGAGAUUAAAUCAUAUAUAUAUAGACACGAGGAUAAAAAAUUUCUAAGAAAUACGAAGAUACCUGUAAACAAAUCGAGAAAAAAACUAAAUAAUAUGUAGACGGUUAAUAUUAAAAAUUGGGAGACCAAAGACUAAGGCGCUAAGUCAUGUAAGCACUCACCAACUGUGAUGAUUUAGGUGGAGAAGAGGUAAAAUAAACGAUAUUAAAUAAUAUGUAGACGGUUAAUAUUAAAAAUUAGGAGACCACAUGCUAAGGCGCUAAACCGUGUACACACUCACCAACCGUGAUUAUUUAGGUGGAGAAGAGGUAAAAUAAGAUUAAAAUUAACGAAGCAAGGAUCGAACCAACAACCUUUCCCUCACAUUUAAUGUUAAUUGAGCCUUAAUAAUACUACACCACAACACAUACCGACAUACAAUGUGUUAUCUAUAGACGAUUUUAACUAUUUCUAAAACUUAGGGGGCCAUGGCCCCCCUAAGUACAAGCUGGCUCCGUCCCUGGCUCUCCGUCUGCCCUGCUUCCGGCGGGAGGAAUUCCCUCAACUUGUUGAAAUUCCGCGACGGAUCCGACCCUGGGAGCUCUCGCCAUUUCGAGAACCCUAGGUCAAUUCCUCUCCGUCGGCGACGGCGGGGGAGGGGAAGGAGGAAGCAGUUAUGGAGAAGCUGAACGGAGAUUUGCUAAUCGAGGUCGAAAUUCUGGUCUAUUUCGCCCAAUUGGUGUGCGAUGCUCCAAAUUCUCUUCAAUUGCAAGAGAGAUUUGGUUUACGAGGUGGAGAAGACUUCAGAUUAGUCAAGCGGGAGAUUCUAAUUAGGACGGAAACUGCAGAGCUUAAUUAUUUAAUUUUUAUUAAUUGUUAUUUUUCACGUGGCAUGCACGUCAGCAUAGCAUGCUGAUUCACUAACGGUCAAUGAUGGUGACUGUCUAAUUUAACGGAAAUUCACGAGUCUGGCCAAUUGAGUAUAUAUGCUGCAUAGUUAAGGCCAGGAUGUUAAUUUCUGAAACCACGGGUCAAAGUUGAUUGUAUGGUCAUAGUUCGGGCCAGAAUAAGGUAUUAAUCUUUUAAUUAUCUCUUAACCAACUCUAUUCAAAUACCAAAACCUAGAAACUUUUUAAAAAAUUAUUUUGCAUCAAUUUGUACUUUUACGAUAUUAUUUCGAUAUAUUUGACGAUGACGAAAGGAGAAGUAUGUUUCUAAUGGUGCUACAUUCAUAAUGCUUUGCUUAAUGAUUUUUAUUACCUAUAAUCAAGGUGUCUUAGAAGUUAAUCCAUCUCCUGAUUCAAGUUGGACAGUCCUGAAAUCUCCCAUCAUCAACCCAUGACCAAUAAGCUGACGCAAAGAGUAUAUAUUUAUUAAUAACUAAUAUAUAUAUAUAUUUUUUUUUGGUGGGCAACUAAUAUUUUUUUUUUAGGAGGCGGACUUAAAUUAAAAAAAUGCAGAAAAUAAUAAAAAGAAAAGGCAAGGGAACGUCAUUGGAGCCGGCAAAAAUUUUAUUAAUAAACUUUGUUAAGCAACUAGGGUGGCUACACGUGGCAUAUAUAUUGGACCAAACAAAAGGGGGAGAAUUCCUAUAAUUACCACAUGAGGUCUCCCACAUGUUACCCAUUUCCAACAUAGAAAUUAAUAUUCUUUACAAAAAAGUUUAAACUUUAGCCAGCCAAUUAAAAUUAAGAUUAACAUCUUUUGUUUAGUCCCAUAAAGAAUAAACAUAUACAAUUAUAUUACAAUGUUUAGACUUUAAUAACAAUAAAAAUAAACUCUCCUUUUUCUACUUUCCUUUUGAUUCUAAUGAGAUAUACUAAUCAAAAGUGCCAAACUGUCAUGAACAACCGCUAACUGUGUUAAAUAAGUUUCAAUGGGAACAUUAACUUUGUCGCGCUGACCGUUGUAACAGUAACACAAGAUUAACAUCUAUCAAGACUCGAAUUUAGUACCUCUUGAAUCCAGACUUGUGCCUUGACAACCUUCUUUCCCCCUGCUUGAUUCUGCUCAUUAAUUCUCCAUUCGAUUUCCUUACCUAAAUUUAAUGAAUGAAAAAUCAUCAAAAUUUCUUUUAUUCAAUAAAUUGUAAGUUUCGUAGAAUGGGAUGUGUCGUCCUUGUUUGAAUGUCUUUCCAAGUACACACAUUACUUGUUUUGGUGUUGUUUAUGUUGUCUCUACACUUGUUCUCUACUACCAACUAACUCUAUUCCCAUUUUUUGACAUGAUUGAUUUAUAUUACAAAUAAUAAUGAAUUUCACUCAAAUGACUUUUUUUAGACAAAAGAUAAUCAUUCAUUCAUUCAUUCGAAAAAUAGGUAAUUACAUUCUAGUCACCCAAAUGGCUUGUAAAUCAUUGCAAUAUGUAAAUAAAUAAAGAAGCAUACAUAAGUUAGCAACCUCACUCCGAGUUUCUUUUUUACAUGCUUACAAAGAUCGUUGCAAGAUCAUAGUCAGAUAGUACGCUUUGUGAUUUAGAAAUACGGAAACACAUUCAAAAUAAUUUUUUUUAUUAAAUAAAUUGAAAUUUUUACU